AGAGCCGACAGGAGCCGACAGGAGCCGACAGGAGCCGACAGGAGCCGACAGGAGCAGGAGGAUGAAGACGUCUGUGAAGCUCUUGACUCUGGUGGUUCUGUUCGUCUGCGUCCACUCAGCUGCUGGUCUGCAGUGCCGGUCCUGUGGAGGUUCUUCGUGUUCUUCUCAGACGUCACAGAUCUGCUCGUCGGGACAGAGCCAGUGUGUCUCCAGGACUUACGCCGGCUCCUACGAUUAUGGAGACUACAGUUACACCUACAACUACACCUAUAAAGGCUGUGCUUCUGCUUCAGACUGUACAGCUGCAGGGUCUGAGUUUGUUUCAUAUAAUUAUGGCCCCAACACUUAUGCUGUAAACACCACGUGCUGCGACACAGACAACUGCAACAACCAGAAUCAGCCCAUUGUGGCGCCCCCUGUUGGCUCUCUGCAGUGUUACAGCUGUGAUCCUUACUCUUAUGAAUGCACUGCCAAUGUGACCUGUAACACCCAGGAGGUGUGUGGACAGGCUGUGGUUGACCAGUAUAAACCCAUCCCGUCCAUUUUACGGCUGUGUGUCUCUGAGAAUCUGUGCAACAACAUCACCCUGUCACGACGAUAUUUUGGCUUCAGUACCUCAGUGUCCUGCUGCAACACUUCCCACUGCAACGUCCCAGACUCGUCAUGUUCUUCUCAGCGCUCGGUGACCUGCUCCAAACUCGCCCCCUUCUGUUACACUGAUGCCUACGCAGGUUCUUACAGUUAUGGAAGCUACAACUACAGCUACAGUUGGAUCGAUAAAGGCUGUGCUCCUCCCUCAAUCUGUACAGCUGCAGGAUCUGAGUUUGUUUCUUAUGAUGCUGGCUCCAGGUCUUACCUCAGAAACAAAACAUGCUGCGACACAGACGACUGCAACGCUCCAAACCCGACCUCGCCCCCUGAUGGCUCUCUGCAGUGCUACAGCUGUAAUUCAGACUCUGAUAGUUGCAACUCUAUUGUGACCUGUAACACCCAGGAGAUCUGCUCCCAGACCAUGAGUGGGGAACAUCACCAAGAACUUUGUUUCAGAUGCUUCACUUGA